AUGAAGUUCAUGGGUGACAACGUGCCACCUUUUUCACCACCGCUGGCGUGGGUCCUGUUAUGGAAUGCACAAUACUCCAACGUCUUUGGAGGGUUUGUGCCAGAAGAAUUAAGACGAUGGGGCUAUGUAAUGUGGGAUGAGCAGCGGUGGAACGAAAUGGGAGGCGGAGCGAAGAGCCUCAUUCGCGAACAAUGGAAGUCCCACCCUGAAAGUCUUGUUGAGACCAUGGAGACUGUUGUGUACUGA